AUGUCUGCAAUGAACAAUGGCUCAUCGUCCAGCCAGAAUGGGCUGCCUGACAGUGAUGCAUUACCUGCAUUGUCAACUAACGAUUAUCGUACCUACAACCGAAUGGCAGAGCAGAUGGACUAUUUUCACAACCAUUUCCGUAUAACCUGGAACCAACUCCAAGACGCCUGCACAACCAGUGGCAAAAAACUCCUCUCCCCGAGACAACUAAUCACCACUGGACUGGGAUUUUGCUCCCAACUAGACUUCCAUCAUUCCAUAGAAGAACAGCAUAUUUUCCCCGUCUUGGCGAAGAAGAUGCCGGAAUUCCAUCGAGAGCUUACCCUGCUCUCGCAGCAUAGGGAAAUCCACAAUGGACUUGCCGGUCUCGGGGAAUAUCUGGAGAAAUGUCGUUCCGGAGAGUCGGAUCUAGAUCGGAUGGAGGUGAAACGGUUGAUGGAUGGAUUUGGGGCGGUGUUGUGGGCGCAUCUUGAUGAGGAGGUGAAUGCCCUGAGGGCGGAGAAUAUGCGUAGGUAUUGGAGUUUGAAGGAGAUGGUGGCUUUGCCGAUGUGA